GUCUCAAGCAGGCACUUGAUUCCAGGAGCUGGGGCUGAGAGGACCACCCCUGUCAGUUCUGCAUGACUGGUGAUUAAAAUCGCCAGCAUCCUCAAGGCUGCAGCUGGGGAUGCACACAGGGGACCCCAACUUCAAGCAUCUUGAUGGUCAUCAAAAUAGUUUCGUGAGUUAUAAAACCAGGAUUUUUUUCUGCAUCAUGGAACUGGAGGAGAUAUGAAGACUGCCUUCUUGAGAUAUCCUUGGACUAUUGUCACUAAGCUUCUAUCAAGUGGUGAUUUUAUGCAAUGGCAUCAAGCCACAGUUCUUCACCAGUGCCUCAGCCAAACAGCAGAGAUGCUUUCUUUAAAAAGGAAAUGGAUUCUACUAAACGCUUUCGACCUGUACAGUCACUGCCUGAUGUAUGUCCCAAGGAACCUACAGGUGAUCCUAAUAGUUUAAGUGACAGCCCAUCUCUAGUUGCAGAUCAACACAGAUGGACAAUUUAUCAUUCCAAAGUAAAUCUCCCAGCGGCGCUAAAUGAUCCUAGGUUAGCAAAAAGGGAAUCCGAUUUCUUUACAAAAACAUGGGGACAGGACUUUGUGGACACAGAAGUCGCACCUUCAUUCUACCUCCCACAGAUCAACAAGGAAAAUUUUGCAUUAUAUCAACAGGAAAUCAUUCAGAGAGAGAAGAUUCAUGAAAGAUGCAAGAAUAUUUGUCCUCCUAAAGAUACCUUCGACAGGACUCUAUUACAUACUCAUGAUAAAUCCAGGACAGAUCUGGAACAAGUACCUAAGAUUUUUAUGAAACCAGAUUUUGCCUUGGAAGAUUCCUUAACGUUUAAUGCCGUUUUACCAUGGUCUCACUUUAAUACUUCUGGAGGAAAAGGAAAUCGUGAUGCAGCUUCCUCAAAGUUGCUGCAAGAAAAGCUGAGCCAUUAUCUGGAUAUUGUGGAAGUAAAUAUUGCUCAUCAAAUUUCUCUACGCUCAGAAGCAUUUUUUCAUGCAAUGACCUCUCAGCAUGAAUUGCAGGACUACCUCAGGAAAACCUCCCAGGCUGUAAAAAUACUUCGAGAUAAAAUCGCCCAAAUUGAUAAAGUAAUGUGUGAAGGAUCUCUUCAGGUUUUAAGACUAUCACUCACCAGAAAUAACUGUGUGAAAGUGUACAAUAAACUGAAGUUAAUGGCUACUGUACACCAAACGCAGCCUACAGUACAGCUGUUGUUGUCCACCUCUGAAUUUGUUGGUGCAUUGGACUUAAUAGCAACAACGCAGGAGGUACUUCAGCAGGAACUUCAGGGCAUUCACAGUUUCCGGCAUCUUGGAUCACAGCUUUGUGAGUUAGAAAAACUCAUAGAUAAAAUGAUGAUUGCAGAGUUUUCUGCUUAUGCUCGUAGUGAUUUAAAUAGACCAUUUGAAGAGGACUGUCAUAUUCUAGAAGAGGAAAGACUUGUCUCACUAGUAUUUGGACUUUUAAAACAAAGAAAGCUCAAUUUUUUUGAAAUAUAUGGCGAUGAAAUGAUUAUUACAGCAAAGAACAUAAUUAAACAGUGUGUGGUUAGCACGGUAUCGCAGAUAGAAGAGAUAGAUACAGAAGUUGUCGUUAAGCUUGCAGAUCAAAUGAGGAUGAUGAAUUUUCCUCAGUGGUUUGAUUUACUGAAGAAUAUUUUUUCUAAAUUUACUAUCUUUCUCAAAAGAAUUAAGGCAACCUUAAAUAUUAUUCGUAGUGUGGUUCUCUUGGUUCUAGACAAGAACCAAAGGACCAGGGAACUGGAGGAAACUUCAGUACAGAAGAACCCUGCAAAAGACAAUGCUGUGGAUACAGAUGUAGCUUAUCUGACUCAUGAAGGCAUGUUUAUAAGCGAUGCAUUCGGUGAGGGGGACUUCCCAUCUGUAGCAGUUGACACUACCUCUCAAAGAAAUACUUCUCCAAACAGUGAGCCCUGCAGCAGUGAUUCAGUAUCUGAGCCAGAAUGCACUGCUGACUCUUCGUCCAGCAAAGAACAGAUGCCAUCUUCUGUUAUACCAGGGGGAAUAGAGAUUAUGAUCAGUGAAGAUAUGAAACUGACUGAUCUGGAGCUGGAAAAACUGGCAAAUAACAUUCAAGAGCUACUUUACAGUGCCUCUGACAUCUGCCAUGAUCGUUCUGUCAAGUUCCUCAUGGCAAGAGCAAAGGAUGGCUUCCUGGAGAAGUUGAAUUCCAACGAGUUUGUUGCCCUGUCUCAAUUAAUGGAAGGGUUUAUCUUAGACACUGAACAGAUCUGUGGCAGAAAAAGCAUGUCAUUACGAGGAGCACUUCAGAGUCAAGCCAAUCGAUUUGUGAAUAGAUUUCAUGAGGAGAGAAAAACAAAACUCAGUUUGCUGCUAGAUAACGAGCGCUGGAAGCAAGCUGAUGUUCCUGCUGAGUUUCAAGAUCUUGUUGAUUCUGUAUCAGAUGGCAAAAUUAUUCUACCUGAAAAAAAAGCAGGUGCUGCUGAAGAAAGAAAGCCAACUGACGUCCUUAUUGUUGAAGAACAAAAGUAUGCUGUGGUUGGGACAGUGUUGCUAUUAAUAAAAAUAAUACUUGAGUACUGCCAGUGUGUGGAUAACAUCCCUUCUAUUACUACUGACAUGCUCACUCGUCUGUCUGAUUUAUUGAAGUAUUUCAACUCCAGAAGCUGCCAGCUAGUUCUCGGAGCAGGUGCAUUGCAAGUUGUUGGUUUGAAAACAAUAACUACAAAAAAUUUAGCUCUCUCUUCACGCUGCCUGCAGCUAAUCGUACACUACAUUCCUAUUAUCAGGGCUCAUUUUGAAGCUCGACUGCAGCCUAAACAAUUUAGCAUGCUCAGGCAUUUUGACCACAUCACUAAGGAUUAUCAUGACCACAUAGCUGAAAUUUCAGCAAAGCUUGUAGCCAUAAUGGAUAGCUUAUUUGACAAACUGUUAUCAAAGUAUGAGGUGAAAGCACCUGUUCCUUCAGCCUGCUUCAGGAAUAUUUGUAAGCAAAUGGCAAAGAUGCAUGAAGCUAUAUGUGACCUCCUCCCUGAGGAGCAAACACAGAUGUUGUUUUUAAGAAUUAAUGCAAGCUACAAACUUCAUUUGAAGAGGCAGCUGGCCCAUUUAAACGUAGUCAAUGAUGGAGGACCUCAGAAUGGGAUUAAUAGGAGUGCUAUUCAUCGUCUCCAACCACUCUUUUGUCCCCACUUAUUCAUCUCCUUCCAUAAAUUAAACAAUCCUGCAGGAAUGCCAUUCAGUAGUCCAUGCUUAAUUGUCUUCCAGAUUGGUUACAGCAGAUGUAGCUUUUUACACUGGAAACCUUCAAGCUUUGAGAGGCCUUAAAAAUCUGGACCUAAACAUGGCUGAGAUCUGGGAUCAGAAGAGGUGAUAAUCUACUGGAACAAGUCAGUUGGUUCUGACCACCAAAUGUCUUGCUUUCAAGAAGCUUGAGGCGAAUAUUUAUGAGCGGAGUCCAUGAGAGGAUGCUAUUGAUAUUUGGGGAAACUAGAUUCAGUGUGAGCUGCAGGGAGUGACUGACUUUGUGUCCUUCAGCAAGAAACAAGGGAUCAGCUGUCUGUGCAAUUUUUUUUUCCAUUCUCUCUGGAAACAGACUCAGGUUUCUUUGGACCAAAUCCAAACAAACACAUAGCUGUAACACAGCUGUAGUUGUCUAGAGUGCUCUGUAUAGCUUUAUAUUAAAAAGAUGCUUUGCAUUUCCUCUAGUGCAAUGAAAUUCACAUGGUGUCCCACCUUAUUUAAUGACGGUAUAAUAUAAAAUCUUGCAGUUGAAUUCAGUAGAAAAUGUUUUUCUCUAUGAAACUGCUGUUUUAAAAUUUAUUUUUUUACAGAUCUUUAUAAGAAAUAAAUGGCUCAAUUGCUUGCAUGUAGGGAGCAGAUGUUCCAGGGUAUUUCUUUCAGUUAGGCUCUGAACUGCACCAGAAGAUACAACUUUAGUAAACAGUAUGUUCACUUAAGCCAUUAUCUAUUGGAUAGAUUUUAAAAUGAUAAUCAUUAGUGCUGAUAGAUACUUCAAACUGAUGCCAAUCCUGCACCUGUGGGCAGAGCUAAAUCAUUGGUUUGGUCUCUCCCCAUCCCCUCUCCCACAAUUUUUAGACAAGUGUAAUUGAGUGCAUACAUUAAGGAAAGAGGGGUGGGGUAAAAAGAGCAGAAUUAAAAGUUUUAGGCUGCUGUUAUCUGUGUUACACUACUGCUGUGAAUGGGAGAGGUGAUGACUAAAACUAGUUUAGGUUGAUUGAAUGAAGACUCUUUAAUACUACCUUUUAAGUCUGGAAGCUGCCAGUACUAAGUAAAAGUGCCUGUGUAUAUCACCUCCACAACUUUUUACCUAAACAUAGUCUGAGUGCCUAACCUUGUAAUGAUUACAUAUGGAGUGGUCUACAGUGUUUGUGUGCCUAUCUAUCUGUUAGCAUACAGAUGUCAUUGUCAAUCAAAAUAAAGUUAUAAACUCAC